UGUGCAAGGCUUGGAUAAAUACUUGUGAGCGAUCCUUGUUGAUCUGAUGUAAAUAUAUACACCAGCUAAACUGAAAUUGUGUAUAUAAAUGCCGGCUCCAAAUCCUCCACAACCAAACAAAAAAUAACCACCAGACACUCUUGCCUUGAAUAUAACCGCCAGAAAUCAAACCCCACUCGCUCCCCAUCAUGAAAGUGACCGAAAAGAAAUAUUUGAAUGUUCAUCAAACGAUCUCGCCUUUAACAUCCUCCACCAACUCGACCCAUUCCAGUAAAAGUGCGGCUGCUGCGGCCGUGGCUGCGGCUAACAAUCUAGCCAAUGGCCUGCUCGUGGCGGCUGGAGAUGUGGGCGAUGACUACAAUGCCAAUAAGGCCAAUGAAAAAAUACUGCAAGUGUAUCGGAACCAAGUUGCAGUGUCGUCAGCCCAAGGUGUGAACCCCUCUGUGGCUCAAGGAACCAUCAAUGUUUCCCAAGCCUCCCUCCUACUCCAACAACAACAGCAUUUCCUCGCCCAACACCACCUUGCGUCCUUGGCCGGAAAUAAUGGCGGUGCGGGCAAUGCGGGUGGCUUUCCAAAUGGUGCAGCUGCCGCUGCCCAGUACCUUAUCAACCCACAGGAGCAGUAUCUGGCAGCCACGGGACACCAAGCACUAUUGCCAGGCCAAGGUGGAGCCAACGGUCUCUCCGUCCUUCCUAUUCCGUAUCCAUAUGCAGGCAUCCCAUGGGGGGCGAUUUACCCUGCUGGGUUGAUACAGCAACACCAACAACAGCAGCAACAACAACAACAACAGCAGCAGCAGCAGCAACAAAAUGGAUCGGUCUCUAACGGAGUGUCGCGACGACCGGGCUCACCUUCUGGAACCAAUGGGUCCGGUACGCCAGGUCCCCCGGAUUUGCCCAAUGGUCAAACGUCAUUCCAGGUCUUCCCAACCUACAUUGAUCCGACAAGUGGAGCCAUGGUUCGAAUGGCGGGACCCACCGGCGCCGGCCAAGUACCCCCCGGACUAAGGUUAAUUGGCCCGGCUGCGGGCGGGACUCCGUUACUCAUCAAUGGAGCUCAAGGCCUACCCGGAGCGGCCCAGCUCAAUCUUCAGCAACAGAACUCCCUUGGAUAUGGAGGCAAUAAUUCGCUCGGAUCACCCUCCGUGAACUCGCUCUCUGGAUUUUCCGCCGGACGCCGCGACUCCAUGGACCGCCAAUCCCAAUCUGCCUUCUCACCCUCGCUCAUUGAACAGUACACCAAGAACAAGGCUGCCGGCUGGCCUUCGUACGGUCUGGGAGCAGUGACUGGCCUGGGCUUGGGCUCCGGGGGUUCGCUCACCCCGCCCCCAAGCUCACUCGCAGGUGCCGCCCUCAACUUGUUUGGGAACCGAUUUGCCGGAGCCGCAGGAGCGAACGAUCGCAAUUUCCCCAUCAACGCCCGAAACGGCGUGUUUGGUGGGAUGAACUUGUUCGGAUCGUCUCAGAAUCUCUUCCCCAACCCUAAUCACAAGGCCAGGAACAACAGUAUUGACAAGGCAGCGGCCAAUCGGAGCAGACUCUUGGAGGAAUUCCGGAAUAGUCGCUUCCCAUACAUGAGCCUCUCGGAUAUUGCCGGGCAUGUGGUCGAGUUUUCGCAAGACCAACACGGUUCCAGGUUCAUUCAGCAAAAGUUGGAGCGUGCCACGCCCCAAGAAAAGCAAUUGGUCUUUCAAGAAAUUCAAGGCUCGGCCCAUUCGCUCAUGACCGAUGUGUUUGGAAAUUAUGUCAUCCAGAAGUUCUUCGAGUAUGGAACGCCCGAACAAAAGACGGCAUUAGUCUUGAAGUUGCGUAACCAAGUGCAGCCACUAGCCCUUCAAAUGUACGGUUGUCGAGUGAUUCAAAAAGCCCUGGAGAGCAUUCCACUGGAACAACAACAACUCAUCAUCGAAGAGCUCGAAGGCAACGUCCUGAAGUGUGUCAAGGAUCAGAAUGGCAACCACGUGGUCCAGAAAUGUAUCGAAUGCGUUGAGCCCACACAUUUGCAAUUCAUCAUCAACGCAUUCAGCAAACAAGUCUUCAGCCUGUCAACUCAUCCGUACGGAUGUCGCGUGAUCCAGAGGAUCCUGGAGCACUGCAUUCCCGAGCAAACUAACGCCAUCCUCGAGGAGCUUCACUCGAACACGGAGAACCUCCUCCAGGAUCAAUACGGCAACUAUGUCAUCCAACAUGUUCUCGAACAUGGCAAAUUGGAGGACAAGGCCCAAAUCGUGAACACGGUCAAAGGCAAGGUGUUACUCCUAUCUCAGCACAAGUUCGCUUCCAAUGUCGUGGAGAAGUGCGUCCAAUUCGCCACCAGAGCCGACCGAGUCGUGCUCAUCGAUGAAGUCUGCAAUGUCAAUGUCGCUGAUGGCGCCCAGUGCCCGCUUCACAUCAUGAUGAAGGACCAGUACGCCAAUUAUGUGGUCCAGAAGAUGAUCGAUGUGGCGGAACCCCCUCAGAGGAAGAUCCUCAUGCACAAGAUCCGCCCUCAUUGCUCCACCCUCAGGAAAUACACUUAUGGCAAGCACAUCCUGGCCAAAUUGGAGCGCUACUUCCUCAAGAACAACACAGAUCUCGGUCCCAUCGGACCUCCAGGCGUGGCUGUGGGCUCGCCGAUUGUGGGCGAAUUGCAAGUGAUACAAGCAGCGGCAGCUGCAGCUACUUUGGCAGCUACUUCAUUAGGAACCUUGUGAAGGAUCCCCACAGAGAUCCUGCGUUGUGGGAAUAACAACGGCAGCCGCCAUCACUACCACAACAACAGCAACAAACUGACUACGCAUCCUUUUUUUCACCAAUAAUUGAAUAAUGUUCGUGUAACAUUUGAGUUCUACAUCCUCCUCCAGGCCACUAAAAAGUGGGUACCUUUUGCCCAAGUUGUGUUAGACUGUCACAAGCCCAAGUCUUAGUUUUUAAAACCGCGCACCCCGCUCCCCUCCCAUUUGCGACAAUCUCGAGUAACGUUUCAAAACACGCUAAGAAUCAUCGAACGAUAUCAGCUCCAUCUCUGACCCCUUUUUCCCAAAGUUAUUUUCAACUUUCAUUAUGUGCUGUUGCUCAACAAAUGAAGCGAAUGUUCUAGCCAUGAUUAUUUUGAGGGUGUAAAGAGGUCACUAAUCAAUAUCUCAUGCAACUGAUGCUGCUGCAAUCUCUUUUGAAUUCCCUGUCAUCGUAAUCCUUAAUAUCAUUAUUAUUAUUCCAAUUCCUA